AUGCACUCUUGGCCCUUUAAUAGAGAGGUUACGGUGGUAGUUCCCAACAAAGAAAAAAAACUACAAAAACAAAGCAAGGAAAAGAUGGCGGAACAACGAGAAAUACUAGAACAAUUGAAGAAAACCCUUCAACAGCUUAGCGUUGAGCCAUCCAAGAAUGGCCAAAUCGCGGACGAGACGCAAGAAAGGAGACACGAGGAGUUUACAGCUCGUGACCUAGAGCACAGUUACGAGGUGGCUUCUCAGGAGUUCAUCGACUUCAUGUACGAGAACCCCACCACCUACCAUGUUAUAUCGUUUUUCUCUAAAAUGUUAGAUAAGAAUGGCUUCAAGUACUUGAGCGAGAAAUCUAAUUGGAACGACAGCAUCGGCGAAAACGGUGGUAAGUUCUACACCCUGAGAAACGGUACUAACCUUUCUGCUUUCGUCCUAGGGAAGAACUGGAAGGCAGAGAAGGGUAUUGGUGCCAUCGGAUCUCAUGUGGACGCUUUGACCGUCAAAUUGAAACCUGCUUCCUUCGAAGACUUAUCGCAAGGUUACGGUAGAAUUGCUGUCGCUCCCUAUGGUGGCACUUUGAACGAGCUGUGGCUAGACAGAGACCUGGGUAUUGGUGGCCGUCUUCUUUACAAGAAAAAGGGCACCAACGAAAUCAAGAGUACAUUGAUCGACUCCACGCCCUAUCCUAUCUGUAGAAUUCCCUCUUUGGCCCCUCACUUCGGUAAACCGGCAGAAGGCCCAUUCGACAAAGAAGACCAAACCGUCCCGGUCAUCGGAUUCCCCACUCCAAGCGAAGACGAGACACCCACUGAUGACGAAAAGAAUUCGCCUUUGGCCGGCAAGCACAACACGCAUCUUUUGAGAUACGUCGCCAAUUUGGCCGGUUUGGAGGUGUCCGAGUUGAUUCAAAUGGACUUGGACUUAUUCGACGUUCAAAAGGGUACCAUUGGUGGUAUCCGUAAGCACUUCAUCUUUGCUCCACGUCUGGAUGACAGACUAUGUAGUUUUGCAGCAAUGAUUGCCUUGGUCUCCUACGCCAAGAACGUUAACACCGAUGACUCGGACGCUUUCUCCACCGUCACUUUGUAUGAUAACGAAGAAAUCGGCUCAUUGACAAGACAAGGUGCGAAGGGUCGUUUGUUGGAGUCAGUGGUGGAACGUGCUACUACCGCCUUCAGCAAGAAGCCAGUUGACUUACACACUGUGUGGGCAAAUUCCAUCAUUCUGUCUGCAGACGUCAACCAUCUGCUAAACCCAAACUUCCCAGAAGUCUACAUGAAGAACCAUUCCCCAGUGCCCAACGUCGGUAUCACUCUGUCCUUAGAUCCAAACGGACACAUGGCCACGGACGUUGUGGGCACUGCCCUGGUGGAAGAACUCGCACGCCUCAACGGGGACAAAGUACAGUACUUCCAAAUCAAAAACAACUCAAGAUCAGGCGGUACCAUCGGCCCAUCCUUGGCCUCCCAAACCGGUGCCCGUACCAUAGAUCUGGGCAUUGCGCAAAUGUCCAUGCACAGUAUCAGAGCUGCUACAGGGUCCAUGGACGUCAAAUUGGGUACCAAGUUCUUCAACGGGUUUUUCAGAAACUGGAGAUCCGUCUACGAUGAAUUCGGAGAAUUGUGA